AUGGAUGAUCUCAAAGCACUCCAAGAUCUCGAGGCCCUCCAAACACCCAUCAGCAACCAAACUGAUGUGGCCAUGAAGAUAACAAAACAACUCGUUGAAUCUGAAUUCAAGGACAAGAACAUGAUCUAUUCCCCUCUAUCCAUCUACAUCGUCCUCAGCUUAAUAGCCGCCCGCACAAACAAUCCCCAGUUGGUUUAUUUUCUUAACUCCAAGUCCAUCGACGACCUCAACUCCAUUGCCUUCAAUCUCGUCACGUCCGUUUUGGCCGACUCAACUAGCAAAGGUGGACCAUUAUUGAACUUCACAAAUGGUCUCUGGGUCGACGAGUCCAUGCCUCUGGAGGAAUCAUACAAACAAGUUGUGUUGGAUUCAUACAAGGCGGCUCUGAACGAAGUCGAUUUCAAAACCGAUCCGGAACAAGUGAGAAUCCAAGUGAACUCAUGGGUUGAGGAACAGACCAAAGGCCGUAUCCCUAAGAUUCUUCCUCCUGGCUCAGUCCACAGUGCCACGAGUCUCAUAUUCGCAAAUGCCUUGUACUUCAAAGCAACUUGGGAGGACGAUUACUUCUAUAAACCACGAAAGUCCAAAGACCUUAAGUUUUAUCUUCUUAACGGAGACUCAGUGAAGGGAGUCCCUUUCAUGUCUAGCAGUCAUGAACACUCUAUCGCUGUCUUUGACGACUUCAAAGUCUUGAGUCUUCAAUACAGCAACUGUGCUCUGGAGGAUUCUGACAAUGGAACAGAUAAAUACGACCCUCGAUCUUUCUCUAUGUUGUGGCUACUUCCUGAUGCAAGAGAUGGGCUGCCGGCUCUGGCGGAGAGAGUUUGUUCCGAGUCCAGGUUCUUUGACCGCCAUCUUAACUUUGAGAGUUUUACAAGUGUUAAGGUGAAGAAAUUUUUGAUUCCUAAGUUUAAGAUGUCGUCCCGGUUUGAAGCUUCAAGUGUUCUGCAGAAAUUAGGGCUUGGGGAUGGUUGUGAUUCAAUCUUUCACGAAUGUGUAGUAGAGGUUGAUGAAAAUGGCACCACAGCUGCAACUGCUACUUGUGCUGAAUUGGUUUGGAGCAUGGGUGAGCCCCCUAAGCCUAAAGUGAUAGAAGAAUUUGUGGCUGAUCACCCCUUCAUGUUUCUCAUAAGGGAAAACCGGACGAGAACGGUGAUGUUCAUGGGGCAGGUGCUCAAUCCUCUUGCGGGAAAAUAUCAUUUGUGUGGAAAGAUGGGGCAGGUGCUCAAUCCUCUUGCGGGAAAAUAUCAUUUGUGUGGGAAGACUUGUCAUAUUCUCUAA